AUGUCAUCCUUCUUUGGCGGCAGCAGCAGCAGCAGCUCUCCUGCUGCUCCCAAUUCCUCCGAGGAAAUGAAGACCGCCAUCAUGAAGCAGCUCCAAGCCGAAGCUGCCAUGACCAACGCCCGGGCUCUUAUCGGCAAACUCAACGAACACUGCUUCGACCGCUGCAUCCCUACCCCCGGCGACUCUCUCUCCUCCAAGGAGGAAAGCUGCCUCUCGACCUGCAUGGAAAAGUACAUCUCGACCUGGAACACCGUUAGCCGCACGUACAUCUCGCGCGUCAGCAAGGAGAGCAAGAAGCUUGGCGGCCAGGACUCCGCGGCCAUGGCGAGCAUGGCUACGGGUGGUAGCGGACUUUUGUAA